GGGAGAGGGUGGAGCUAUUGGGGGAAAUGAGACCAGAGGAAGUGAAAUAUCUUAGUGUUCGUGGAUCAAAGCAGUUUUGAGUCCAGUAAUGGACCUGCAUGCCAUGAUUCACAUACACGAACAAGGAUCACAGGAAGACAUUUUGCAGCAAGAUUCCAAUGCAAAUCAGAGGCACAGAGAACGUAUUUUUAGACCAAGAGUAUCCCUGUUUGGUUUAAACGAGGAAGAAGUUCGGUCCAGGUACCGCUUCAGCACAGAAGUUAUACUGGAGCUUUUUGAACAAAUCCAGCAAGAUAUUGAACCUAACUGUGAGCGAAACCAUGCUGUCCCAGGAAUGGUGAAAUUACUAAGUGCCCUUCAUUAUUUUGCCUCAGCAUCAUUUCAAGGUACAGUGUCUGCACUUUCUGGGAUAUCCCAGCCCAGUUUCAGCAGACAUCUAACACAGGUGUUAAAGGCCAUAAAUAAACUUACUCCACAAUAUAUUGUAUUUCCAUCAGACAAAGCUGCAUUAAAAACAAUAAAAGAUGGCUUUUUCAAAAUAUCAUCAUUUCCCAAUGUCAUGGGGGUAAUUGACUGUACUCAUGUUGCUCUGUCCCCUCCUACAGAAGACAUUUACAGAAACAGUAAAAAUUUUCACUCAUUGAAUGUCCAGAUGGUGUGUGCAUCUGACAUGCGGAUUCUUAACUUGGUAGCUGGUUAUCCUGGAUCAACCCACGAUUCUUAUAUUUUAAAGCAUUCAAGCUUGCACUCAAUUUUGACAUCUGGAAAUUUACCAGAAGGUUGGAUACUGGGUGAUGAUGCAUAUCCUCUGACGGAAUACUUACUAACACCUGUCAAGGAUGCCAAAACCAAGGCAGAAAAACAGUAUAAUGCUGCGCACAAGUUAGCUCACUCCAUCAUUGAGAGUACAUUUGGAUCUAUUAAAAGUCGCUUCCGGUGUCUAGAUCGAUCAGGUGGUGUACUGCAGUAUUCACCAGAAAAAGGAGCUCAGAUCAUCCUGGCUUGUUGCAUUUUACAUAACUUGGCAGUCAGUCGCAAUUUGCAUGUUGACAUUCUUGAUGAUCUUGAGGCUCCACCCCCAGUUCCGCCAGUUUCAGAAGAGGAGAACACACAAGCUGGAAAAAGAACCAGAACUCAAGUUAUCAACCGAUAUUUUACAUGAGAUUUCUCACCUUGGAAUGGAAUACACCUGCUUCCUAUGGAUUUAGAUGGCAGUUCUCCACCCCUACUACAUGAGAAGUGACAGUAUCUCCUAUCUGCUUUACAGCUACAUAGUACUCCAUAGUUAACAAUGUAUUCAAUUUUACAUACUGCCAACCUUCCUUAAAAUGAAUCUAUUAACAGAAAGAUUUACCUAGAUAUAUAUGUGUCCAUAAUAGGUUUAGCAGAGAUCACUGGAAAGUCUCCUCUCAUUUGAGUUCUUGGCAGAACAUUGUGGAUUGGAUUAGCUAUGGCAAUUAACUGGUUGCCUAUUUGAUUGUAAAGGAGCAGUAUAUUGUACAGAUUGUCUUCAGUUACAGACAGAUAUAUAUGUCUAUAUAAAUAUAGCUAAGAUAAUACAUUAUGAGGCUCUUCACUAGCCCUUUUUUGUUAAUUCAGAAGCCAUUCUUUGGUGUCAUUUCCAUUUAUUUGCUCUACUUACACAAAACACAAUUUUGUAAUUAAAAUGCUUGCUUCAAUACCUCUGUCUAGUGUCCAAAUUGAAUUCUAGUAAAAAUAGAGUACAACCA